GCGAAGGCAGGGCGCAGGCGGCGGCGGGCGGCAUGGAGAGCCUGCUGGAGAAUCCGGUGCGUGCCGUGCUCUACCUUAAGGAGCUCACGGCCAUCGUGCAGAACCAGCAGAGCCUCAUCCACACCCAGCGCCAGCGUAUUGAUGAGCUGGAGCGGCGGCUGGAUGAGCUAAGCGCCGAGAACCGCAGCCUGUGGGAACACCAGCAGCUGCUGCAAGCCCAGCCUCCGCCCGGGCUCGUUCCUCCGUCCCCAGCCCCGCUGCCCGCUAUCCCAGUCACCGCCGCCACCGCCACUGCUGUCGCCCAGGAACAGCUCCAGAACCACGGACAGCUCCCGCCCACCUCGCCACAGACUGUACCGGAGCAGCCACCAAUUCAGCACCACGGACAGUUCCUGGUGCAUCCCUCACCGGGCCACAGCAGCAGGGCGCACGCACCCCAGUCGCCCCACCAGCCCACAGGGGCUCCAGGGGCCGUCGCCAACAAGGAGAAGGAGCGUCCCCCGAGUUGUUGCGCUGCCGCUGGAACCCUCCUUCAGCACAAAUCCCCCGCUGCCCUCGGCAAGGGCGUCCUGAGCAGGAGACCUGAGAAUGAGACCGUGCUGCACCAGUUCUGCUGCCCAGCCGCCGAUGCCGAGCAGAAGCCCUCCUGCGCAGACCCGGCCUCCCAAAGUGACGGCUCCUGUGCCCAGGCCAGUGGGGGCAUGGAGGACUCCGUGGUGGCAGCCGGCAGACCCAGUGCCCAUGCCCCGAAGGCUCAAGCCCAGGAGCUGCAGGAGGAGGAGGAGAGGCCAGGGGCGGGGGGUGCCUCCCCAAGGGCUGGCCCCCACCGUGGGGCCUCCCCUGGCUGGCAGCAGCCUGCCCUGGCGACAGCGCUCUGCUCCCACGCCCCUGCUGCCUCCGAUUACGAACUCUCCCUUGACCUAAAGAAUAAACAGAUUGAAAUGCUAGAACACAAAUACGGGGGCCACCUGGUAUCCCGGCGCGCCGCUUGCACCAUCCAAACCGCCUUCCGCCAGUACCAGCUCAGCAAGAACUUUGAGAAGAUCCGCAACUCGCUCCUGGAGAGCCGCCUGCCGCGUCGGAUCUCCCUGCGCAAGGUGCGCGCCCCCACCGCGGAGAGCCUGGCGGCCGAGAAGGCGCUCAUGGAGGGCUACGAACAGAAAAAGAAGUCAUGGAUGGCCUUGGCUCACUCUCUAUUCCUUCUCCCCACCCCCAUCCGCACCCCCAGAAACCCGGACAAGGGCAUCCAGUUCCUGAUCUCACGUGGCUUCAUCCCUGAUACCCCCAUCGGAGUGGCCCAUUUCCUGCUCCAGCGUAAAGGCCUCAGCCGGCAAAUGAUUGGAGAGUUCCUGGGCAACAACAAGAAGCAGUUCAACCACGAUGUCCUAGAGUGUGUGGAUGAUGGCGCAGACAUCCCCAGGGAGCUGGUGGUGGGCAUCUAUGAAAGGAUACAGCAGAAAGAGCUCAAGUCUAAUGAGGACCACGUCACGUAUGUCACCAAGGUGGAGAAGUCCAUCGUGGGCAUGAAGACAGUGCUGUCAGUGCCCCAUCGCCGCCUGGUCUGCUGCAGCCGGCUCUUUGAGGUGACAGACGUGAACAAGCUGCAGAAGCAGGCCGCACAUCAGAGGGAGGUGUUCCUCUUCAACGACCUGCUGGUGAUCCUCAAGCUUUGCCCAAAGAAGAAGAGCUCCUCCACAUACACCUUCUGCAAGUCGGUGGGCCUGCUGGGCAUGCAGUUCCACCUCUUUGAGAAUGAGUAUUACUCUCAUGGCAUCACCCUGGCGACCCCGCUCUCGGGCUCUGAGAAGAAGCAGGUGCUGCAUUUCUGUGCCCUGGGCUCAGACGAGAUGCAGAAGUUUGUGGAGGACCUGAAGGAGUCCAUCGCGGAGGUGACGGAACUGGAGCAGAUCCGGAGAGAGUGGGAGCUGGAGAAGCAGCAGGGAGCAAAGACACGCUCCUUCAAGUCUGGAGGAGCCCAGGUGGAUCCGCAGUUGAAGCAGGGAUCGCCUACAGCCAAAAGGGAAGCUGCGCUGGGCGAGAGGCCUUCGGAGAGCACGGUGGAGGUGUCAAUUCACAACAGGCUUCAAACGUCCCAACACAACUCCGGGCUGGGGGCCCAGAGGAGAGCUGCGGUGCCACCGCCAGACCCGCAGCCUAGCCCCCUGAGAGAGCAGCCCCCGCCGUUGCCGCCAUCACCACCCACGCCCCCAGGGACCCUGGUGCAGUGUCAGCAAAUUGUCAAGGUCAUUGUCCUGGACAAGCCCUGCUUGGCCCGCAUGGAGCCCCUGCUAAGCCAGGCUCUCUCCAGCUACGCCUCUUCCUCCUCUGACUCCUGCGGCUCCACACCCUACAACCACCCUCACCAGUACUGCCCGCCAGGCUCCUUGCUGCACCGGCGCCGCUACUCCAGCGGCUCCAGGAGCCUGGUGUAGACUGUUUCCCACACUGCUGCCCCAGGGGGCUGCCACCAGGGUCCCUGGGCUGUACCCGAGAGCCCCGGCCGCCCCUCACUGCUCCCCACACCCUGGCACGCUGUGCUCCUGGUCACCAUCACCAUUGUUUUUGGAAAAGAACCUCGAUCCCUGGCACCUGGGUUUGCCUCACCCGACAUGCUUCCCAUACUCAGCUGAACACACACCCCCCCCUUCAAUCUGGAGACUCCACCACCCUCCCCUGGGCCCUGCACAGCUGCAUGGCCAGGCCUCCUCCUGCUGCCACCACUCACCACGUGGACCAUGGACUUCGGAGGACAAGAACUGAGGGCCUACCCAGCUUCUGGGCCCUGAGUCUGAGUCUGUUGGGCCCUGGGCCUCAGGCUGGGAGGGUGGUACAAGGGGAGCCAGCACCCAGCACCGGACAGAAAGUGGCCUGGCUCCCCGCUCAGCUCUAGGUGCUGCCCUGAGUGGAGGAGAGUUGGCCCUGGAUCCCUGAAGGGACCAGGGAAGUGGGAGUGUGAGGAGGGGUCUUUUUCUGCUGCACCUGCCCCGCCCCCCACAACUGGCAGACACAGGAGGUCUGUCUGUCCCCAAGGAUGUUGGUUGUCCUGACCACGUCCUCCCCCUCCUCCCAGGGCCUGCCCUUUCUCUGGAGCUGGGCAUUGCCUGCCCAGGGCUGCGCAGACUCCAGGAAAGCUUUGAGAGAGGGAGGGAGGAAGGGGACCCGUCUCAGCUCUCUCUAGGUCAAUUCAACCGGCUGUGGAACCGUGAGGUCAUUCAUCUAAAAUGAAUCUGUUUAGGGUUUAGUUCCCCAGCCCCAAAUAACACCCGGCCAACGCGAAAUGUGCACUGGGGCCUGGAAUAAGGGGGCCUGGGAACAGAGUGGUUAGUUCCCUCCCCUGUGGCAGUGGAGACAGGGAGGAGGGGCAGUGGUUUGCCCAGAGGAGGUGGUUGGGAGAGGCCCGGCUCCCUCUUGCAUGGUUUCCGUGGCCUCUGCGAGGGAUUUGGAUGCAGAAGUGGGCGGGAGAAGCAGGUGUUCCACAGGCACGUGCCUUCCCCCUGCUGCCAUCCCAAACUUGCCCCUCAGCCUUUAAAUCUCCCACCUCUCCACGUCCCCCAAGAAGUGGCCCGCCUCCUGCAGGGGCACUAAGAGUCCCUGCCCCCUCAAAAUUGCAAAGAGCGCAAAGUGGGUCUCACCGACCCCCUCGGGGCCAAAUAGCAUUGGGGAGUCAACCUUGAGGUGACCCCACAGAGCCUGGGCAGCCCCCUCAGAGACCUCAGAAGAUACCCGGGCCCCAGUCAUGCCCUUUCAGGAAGUGUCUGUCCAAGCCGGGCCAGGUUCCAGUCCUGGGCCGUCAUUCCAUUGCUAUCCUUCAUCGAGCUCCCCUCCUACUUGGAGCCCGUUAUCAAAGUGUCCCCAGAGGUGGAAGUGAACGUGGGCCAGGUCUAAAGUGAAUGUGCUUCUCCCUGACCCUACCUCACACCCCAAAUGCAGUGCCCUGGGCCAGCUAGGAGACCCUGAUCCUUGUCCCGCGCUCGGAGCUUCCAGAUGACCUGGUUUCAUUUGUAUGUGUGGUCACCAAACGUCAUUAUGGCGUCACCCAGCGAGUUUAUUUCUAGCCCUGUCUUUGUCAUCCUGGGAUCCGUAACUUGUGACCAAUUUGCUGUCUCCUCCGUGUGGCUCCCCAGCCGAGCUGCUUUUGUCCUUAUUGUCUUGGUCCCUCUCUUGUGUCUCUACUGUAACAAGGACAUGCCAAUAAGAGGCUUUCAGAACAGAGUGGCUGACAGAUGGGGCCACAAACUAUGACAUUUCUGAUGCCCAUGGCCAGGGCAGGGAUCGCCCGUGAAGAGUGCCAGCGGGAAGCAGGAGCAGAGUUGGGGUGGGAGUGAAUGAAUCUUGAAUAAGGGGGCCUGGAAAUAGAGUGGAAGUUAAUGGGUGGGCAGCAGGGAGUAUGAGUUAUGAAGGAAGGGGUGGGGGGUUGAGGUGGCUAAACCUGCUUAUGGGAUGGGGACCAUGAAUGCCAGGGGCUGGUGAGGAAGCAGCAGCCCCUACCGCCAGGCCCCUUGUCACCGCCCACAUAGUGCUUCUCGUUGAAAAGUGCUCUCCUCCCUGUCGGUGGGCAUGGCAGCCCUGGCCCCUUCCUCCCACCUCUGCUGCAGCCCUGCCUCUGCAGACAGAAUCUCAGAGGUCUUGGGGAUGGAGCACACAGAGCCUUCCCUGAGGACCCAGAUGCUCGGGGACUGGGGCUUGCCCCCGGGCACUGCGGUGGCUUCCCUGGGAUGCUGGCAGCGCUGGGAGUCCCGGCCCGGGAAGCAGACCAGCCUGGGCUCUGCAGCACAAGAGCCAAGCCUGAGCUGUGAGGCUUUUCAUCCCAGUGGCCUGGGCAAGGGACAGUUGGCCCUCCUCCUGUUAGGGAAGCAACAGUUCCCAGUGUCUGCAUCCUCCCGCCCCUGUCCUGCCAGAAGGCUAAGGCUGGGCCCCCCUCAUCCCCGCCCCCAGAGCCUAGCCCCAGAAACCUUGGACAAGCCUCCAGCCCUUGCAGAGGCCCUGCUGGAGAUGCUCUUGGGGCUCCCUGCUCUCCCAAGGCUGAGGGCACUGGAGUGCUGACUGAGCCCCGGACACAGCCCCAACAUGGCCCCACUCUAUCAACUCUCUAGGCCUUACUUUGGGGGACCCAAGCCCCUUUCUCAAUUUUAUCCAUUUGGCUCCAGCUCCAGAAUCAGGAGUGGAGAUGAGAUGAGCUUUCCCACCCACUCUUGGGCAAGUCCCACCUCCAGACCUGGAGCGAGACCUGCCCGGGCAGCUUGACCUGGAAGCCUGCCUGCUUGUGUCCAAAGGCACACGUGUCUAUCAGCCCCGGGUCCUUGACCCCACCCCACCCCACCUGUUCCCCUGUAGCCUGCCAGAACGUCUCUUGUACCCAAUAGCUGCUCUGAUAACCAUCUGUCUGUCUGCCCUGUGUUCUGCUGUGCGUACCUUCCUGCUGCACCUCCUCCCCGCAGGCACCCCUUACCCUGUUGGAGAGAAACCUCUCUAGGGAAGGCAGGGUGACUGCACCCAGCGACUAAUCCAAAUGGCAAAUAUUUUGUAACAAAAUAGCCCAGAGGUAUUUUAUCUGUUCAAUUCAUAGAGUUUUAGAGAUUAUAUUGAAAUAUGUCACUUGAGCAAA